GGCAGAGGAGAACGAGGUAGAUCGGAAAUUCCUCUAAGUGGCAAAUUUCCGGGAACACCGUGAACGCCUCACAAGGCAGCGGAGACGUCAAGCGGCAGCUGAGAGAAGCGAAAGUUUUGACCGCGGGGGAAAAAGUCACACUUUGCGGAAAGCGAGCGAAGAAAAAGCCACGAUUCGGGGCGUUUCUCUUACUUUUUUUUCUUUUUUCUGUUCAGUCGUUCCCUCCAAAUCGCAGGACGAGUAUGCUGCGUUUCCUGUUGUUAUAAAUUUGACAUUAGUCGACCUUUAAAUGCUCUGAACGCGGUGACAGCUCUGACUCCCAACGCAGACUGCGAACCGACAAACAUGCAGGACGGGAAGAGCCGCCUGCAGCAGACGCAGGAGGAGGUGGAGCAGGUGAAGGACAUCAUGCUGGUCAACAUGAAAAAAGCCGACGAGCGAUCCGGCAAACUGAACGACCUGGAGCAGCAGGCCGAGGAUCUGCUGGAGAAGGGUAAAGUUUUUGAAAAAAAAGCCGGCAAGGUGAAGCAGCAGAAAAAAUGGUCCAACAAGAAGAUGAAAAUCAUCUUCAUCAGCGUCGGUGUGGUGGCAGGACUUGUAAUCUUGGGACUUAUAAUCUUUGCCAUUGCAGGAUAGCAUGAGAAGCAAAAGCUUCCUGGCAGAUGAAAGAGGAAAAUAAAUGAGCUGAAGGACAGUUGAUCCUGGACAGCAAAGAUCCUGGAGACGACAAGCUGUAUGUGUGAGACUCUGCUGCGAGAUGUGAUGUUAUUAUGCUAAAAAAUAUUUAUGGAAAUAUGUUCCCCGGUCUUCCCUCUGUCACAUCUUCUAUUGGUAUGGUACAACGUAUUCUCUCUUAGAUUUCCAUUUCAAAUAAAAUUCUUCUUGACAUACAAAUUGCAUACAAAAAGCAGUUUACAUUUGGAUUAAACGCUUUCAAGAUGUCCUCCACAUGUCUUCUCUGCAAAAUCUGACUUUGAUAAUGCUCUGUUACGGUUGCGCCACCUACUCAUCUGCAGACAUCAUCCUACACCACCUGUUGCUGAAAUCAUUUUAAGAAGGAUGCCAGAAGACAGAAUAUGCCAUCAUUUGUGCAUGUUUAGUUAUUUUUAUUUUAUUUCUUCUUUGGUUUUAUUGUAUUAUAUUUCACUCGUAAAAAUAAUAGCAAAGUUUUUACAAUUGCGCCACAUUUGCAUUCUAGAAAAAAAAAAAUCAUGUAUUUCAAAAUGCAUCGUCUUAAAAAACGUGGAUAAACAGCAACCCCUGGUGGUUAAUAUAUUUACUGCAAGGGGCCGAUGACGCAUGGAAUUUUCUUCAACAUUUGCGCAGCUAUAAUUAGCUGUUUAAAAGUCACGAUCAGGACUUUGUUUUUGCGUCAUGCAAACAUUAUUCUAAUCUCUGCACGCAAUCUUAGCCUAGCGAAGAAAUGUUUUACAUCAUAAUCCAAUAAAAAGUUAAAAUCCGCAAGUCAGAGAUUUCAGCCAAGUAGGAAAUUACAAGUUGUGCCAGAGAGACGGUGCUGCAGAGAGAGUUGCAGUGACUGUCUUGGAGAUGAAAUAUUUUUAUACUGUUGUGCCUGUGAAGAUAAGAUGUGUUUUUACUCAUGCAUGCAAUUUAUAGCCUUCAUUUGUCAUGGAGUUAACAGCAAACAAUGGAUGAAGUUUUUUUUUUUUUGUCGAAACAAUGUCAUGGUUGAUAAGGGUAGCCAUGUUUUCCAACUUUAAUCUAUUAAAGUUCUGUUUCCUACAUUUUUCCUGACAGUAACUCACAUUUGCUAUCAUGCCAGUUCAGUGCUACUUACAGCAGCAUUAUCCACGAUUCAGUGUCUAAAAUAUCAUGUAACGAGUCAAAAGACAAAAUCUUUAAGUUUUUCAUUUACUUCAUGAGCAGCUAAUCUUCUUUGAAUAGCUUUUUCAAUUUGUUCUAAACAGAAGUAGGUGUAAUACUCCAAAAAAUAUACUCACUUAAAAGUAGCACUAUCCUUUUUUUUUUUAAACUUUUCAUUUUCAAAAACUGUUUUAUAUCAACACAUACACAUGUCUACCCCUGUCGCAACUCACAAUUUACAUCUUAUUUACAUUUAACCCACACCAAGCAAACUGGUCGUACAAUUCCAGCUCUGCCAAAGGUCUUCCAGGGAAUGUUGAUGGAGGAAACGGUCCAACCGAAAUACACUUCCUUCUGAUAGACACCAGAUCCGUUAAGAGUCAUCAACAUCCAUGGAUACUGUAUAUACAUUACAAUAAUUACAGUGAUAGGGACAACAGUAGACAUAAUGAGAACACAAACUAAAGCAAUAAAAGUACGCAAAGAUAAUAAUACAAAAUAAAUUUGAACGGUACACAAACAAACAAAUAGAGGUGUCAAGGUUACAAUAUGAAAUUAGUUACAGGUCUCCAUUUUGUUUCAAAGGUCUCCAUCUUGAGUUGUAGUUUUGAGGUUGUUUUUUCCAUAGUGUAGACUUUUCUGAUUCUAUCUCUCCUCUCUGUAAUACUGGGAGGCCGUGGCCUCAACCAAGCAUAUGUUAUACAUUUCUUCGCAAUCAUAAGCAAAAUUCUGAUCAAGUAUUUAUUGUUUUUGUCGAUCAUGUCUGAGGUAAUUAUUCCUAAAAUAUAAACGGAUGCAUCCAAAUCCAAAUAGAUACCUAAAAUAUUUUUUAGAUCUGUUUGCACCUCCUUCCAGAACUCGAGCGCCUUCGGACAGUCUCAAAAUAUAGGGGUAAAAUCCCCCACCUUUCCAUAAUUUCUCCAACAAAGCCGAGAUGUUUUACCGUAAUUAGAUGUGAUAACCGGGGUGUUAAAGUAACGCAUCUUAACCUUCCAGUCAAAUUCCCUCCAUGUUGGGCUGUUAGUUCAUUUGUGUCCAGAUCUAAAUGUUUCUUCCCACUCUUCAUCUGUUAUUACUAUAUUAGCCUCCAGUUCCCACUUCUCCUUAAUUUCCUUAUUAUUAACACUGGAUUCAUAUUGCAGGCUUUUGUAUAGUUUUGAGAUCAGGCCUUUUGUUGAUUCACUUUUUGCUAUUGAUAAUAAAAUCUCUUCAGUCUUGGUCA